UAACCAUCGAGUGCAAUUUAAAGCAUUUCUUUUUAUAUGUAUAUAUACUUUUUAAUUGGCCAAUAUUGAUAUAAAGCGCUAACGUUGGUUGUAUAAAUGUUCGAGGUGUCGUCUGCUAUAGCACCUCUUAUGUAACACUCUCGCCGAUUGGUCGGUCGUACAAAUUCCAUCUUUCAAAUGGCCACCCGAUUGGUCGCCUUCGAGUGAGGGGCGGGGCUUCGCCAAGCCAGCCGCGUAGUCCAUCUGCACAGAUGGUCGCUCGUCCGCUGCCGCCGCCGCCUGGGAGCUCCUCUCCUUUCUCGAUUUGUUUACUUUUUGGCUCUUUUUCAAUAUUUCCCGAUUGAUCGCGUUGGAGAUGAAUGAACCCCGGACGUUCAACUCCGGCUCGGUGGCCGCGAAGAAUGAGUGCCCGCCGAGGGGCGUCUCUCGCCGCUUUUUCUUCCCCAGCCGAGCAGGCAGCGAGCAGCUCCAGCGGGCCGCGGCCGCCGUGGAAGCUCCGCUGGCGGGCUGAGCGUCUCGCGGCCUCCCGCUGCCCCCCCUCCGGAGCCUGCAGCGACCUAACAUGGACCAAAGGCUGCGCUCGACGCCUGGCUCCGGUUCUCCGGAUUGGUAACAGAUUCCCACCUCUACCGGACAUGAGGAAGGAGGACGGUGUGGAUUAGGAUUUUUUUUUUUUUCUUCUUCCCCCCCCCCCCUCCAACAUCACUCACCUGAGCUCCAUGCGGGCCCCCGAGGAUUUGCCCCACCUGAGUGUUUUGACGUGAAAAUGAUGGCGGCGCAUGGGAGCGAGGAUCAUCAACUCCGAGAUGUGCCGUGCGAGGCCAAGCGGAAGGAUGGUCCCGAGCAGAGCGACGCGUCGGCGGCGGCCUCGCCCGGGCCGGAGGAGGAGCCCUUCUCCUGGCCCGGGCCCAAGACGCUCCGCCUCCGCCGGACCUCUCAAGGCUUCGGCUUCACGCUGCGCCACUUCAUCGUCUACCCGCCCGAGUCUGCCGUGCACAACUCUCUCAAGGACGAAGAGAGUGGCAGCCGAGGGAGGCGGCGGAGUCGCCUGGAGCCCAUGGAUACCAUUUUCGUCAAGCAAGUCAAGGACGGAGGCCCCGCCCACCGGGCUGGACUCUCGACAGGUGAUCGCAUCGUGAAGGUGAACGGCGAGAGCAUCAUCGGGAAGACGUACUCGCAGGUGAUCGCCUUGAUCCAGAACAGCGGCGCCUCGCUGGAACUGUGCGUGAUGCCGAAGGACGAGGACAUUCUGCAGCUGUUUUCCAGGGACAUCACGGCUCUGGCGUAUUCUCAGGACGCGUACCUCAAAGGAAAUGCGGCCUACAGCGGAAACGCCCGGAACAUCCCCGAGCCGCCGCCCAUAUGCUACCCUCGGAUAGAAGUCGAGACGACGGAGGCGAGCGAGCCCCCCGCCGUCAACAGCGCGCCCCGAGAGGCGGCUCAGGGAGGGGCGGCGGAGAAGAGCUACCGAGUGGAAAUUCCAGUUCCCCCCUCGGGCCCAGCCAGCGUCUGCGGCGACGACCUGAGGACUGCGGCUACGACCCCCGAGCGGUCGGCUCGGGCGGGCCCCGGCCACAGGACUGAGGACGACCGGUGCUGCCCUUCCGCAGAAACGCCUUCUCCUGGACCCGCGCCUCUCGUCUCCGCACUUCCGGCAGGCGCGCAGCCGCCGCAUCCUUCGUCCGUUCCCGCAGCGCCGGCGACGCUCAGCCCUCCCCCGAGUGCUCGACCGAGCCUGAGCCGCCCUGGCGACUCCCCGGUACGAGCGUCUCCCGCCGCCUCGCCGGACGCGUUCUCGCCCAAAGCCGAGCGCCACCCGCCCUCGCCCGCGGCCCCCUCCUCGUCCUCCCCUCACCAGAACAUCGACUGGAGGAACUACACCACCUACAAGGACUACAUCGACGCCAAGAGGCUCCACACGUACGGCUGCCGCACCAUCCAGGAGCGCUUGGACAGUUUGCGUGCUGCCGCCGACUCCAGCUCCGCCUACAGCCAGCAGCGCGCAUCCCCGCCGUGCGGCAGCCAGAGAGGGCCGGCGGCCUCUCAGGUCAGGUGGAGGAGCAUAUCGACCGAUCGAGGGGCGAACGGCGGGCCGCGCGCUUCUCCGCUCCGAAGCGCUUCCCAGGACAGGCUCGGCGGGUCGGAGCGGAAGGGCGACUGGCCCCGGAGCGCUUCCCAAGAUGCGCUGCUGUUCUCCGGCCCCGGGGCGGGCGAACCUCGAGCGCGCUCUUUCGACUACCUGGGCCAGCGGCCCGCAGAGGAACGCGGGCUCGGCGCCGCAGACCGGGCGGGUUUGGAGGAGCGUCUCCUGCUUUGCCAGGGCGAGGAAGCCAGAGCCAGCAGGCAGGGAGCGAGCCAAAGAACUUUCCCUCAUCUCAACCGCGGUCUCGCCGCACAGGGCGCAUCAAACUCUUCUUUAGCAGAUCGAACGUGCGGCAAACCUCCGUUGAGGCCGGACGGCAACGUUACGAGGCCCUCGCGGCUGCCUGUUCAAAAUUCAAUUGCGGACCCCUCAGCUGGCGCCAAGACCCCGGACUUGCAGAAAGAGCGAAGAACUCGCAUCGCCGCAAACCACGUGGGCUACUUGGAGCUCCGGACUCGGGCUGACAGUCUGAAGAUGGACAGCAGGUCCGAAGCCAGUUUGGCGGCCAGGUCUUCGUCUUGUUCGGGUCCCUCGUAUAAAAUCCCCACGCAAAGCGGCGGCGUCACCUGUGGAGCUGGGAGCCAAAAGCCAAAGGCCUCUGUACGGACUAAUGGCGGUCCGGCUCAGGCCGUGGAAGGACUCGAUGCGACGGCGGUGGUCCUGAGAAAGGACAAAAACUCAGGAGCUGCUCGCGCGCGCCCGCCGUCCUACGUCUUUGCCGUUUGUGACAACCGAGGCGCCGUGAGCCAGAAGUCGCCGCCGUUGGUCAAAGCCGGUUCUGCCGACGCCGUGGCGUGUUGGACCGACAGCCGCAGGGAGCCGCAUCUCAGGAGGCCGGGGGGCGCUCGGCAAAGGAGAGGCUCCCGCGACCCGGGUGACUCCUUGGACUCCAUCCCCUUCAUAGACGAACCCUCCAGUCCCAGCCUGGACGUGGACACGAUCAACAUUCCGGCCUCGGCCGUCAUCUCUACGACGCCCGUCAUGGCCACCUCGCCGCUGGUGCGCCGCCACAUGUCGCACGACCAUGAUUCCCUGCGGCUCACCGUCAUCGAGUCGGACUCCGGGGGUAAAACGGAGCGCUCGUUGUCCUGCGACGAAGGCUUGGAUAACUACCGGGAAGACAGCGCGGGGAGGUCCCUGAUAGCUGGGCUGAAAGGCUUCAGGAAGGCGGUGGACAGGUCAUCGGAAGAUUCCGGAUCCAGGAGGGAUUCAUCGUCCGAUAUCUUUUGCGACGCCGCUCGGGAGGGUCUGCUGCAUUUCAAGCAGCUGAAUACCGACAAGGGAAAGCGCGUGGGCGGCGGCAUGCGUCCCUGGAAGCAGAUGUACGCCGUGCUGAGGGGCCACCACCUGUGCCUGUACAAAGACAAGAAGGACGGGCGGGCGGACGAGCCGCCGCCAAUCAGCGUGCGUGCCUGCCUCGUCGACAUCUCCUACAGCGACACCAAGCGCAAGAACGUGCUGCGCCUCACCACGUCCGACCGCGAGUACCUGUUCCAGGCCGAGGACCGCGACGACAUGCUGGCCUGGAUCCGCGUCAUCCAGCAGAGCGGCGACCCGGACGAGCAGACCGCGGCCUUCACGAGCCAUGACCUCAUCAGCCGCAAGAUCCGAGAGUACAACACCUUGAUGAGCCCGACGGGCAGCAGGACAGAGCCGUCGCCGCGCUCGUCUCGCCAGUCGCUGAGCAUCCGCCAGAGCCUGCUGGGGGGCAAAGGAGACGCCAAAACUCCCAGCCCGCACUCGCCCAAGCCCGAGCAGGAAAAGAAGAACACCCACAAAGACGACGCCAGCCCCCCCAAGGACAAAGGGCCGUGGAGGAAGGGCAUCCCGGGCCUGAUGAGGAAACCCUUCGAGAAGAAACCGUCGCCCGGGGUCACGUUCGGCGUGCGGCUGGACGACUGUCCUCCCGCGCACGACAACAAGUUUGUGCCGCUGAUCGUGGAGGUGUGCUGCAAGUUGGUGGAGGAGCGAGGCCUGGAGUACACGGGCAUCUACAGAGUGCCGGGCAACAACGCCGCCAUCUCCAACAUGCAGGACGAGCUCAACAGCAAGGGCCUGCACGACAUCGACAUCCAGGACGACAAAUGGCGAGAUCUCAACGUAAUCAGCAGCUUGCUCAAAUCGUUCUUCCGCAAGCUCCCCGAGCCGCUCUUCACCAACGAAAGGUACGCUGACUUUAUCGAGGCCAACAGAAUAGAAAACCCCGUGGAGAGGCUCAAAGUGCUGAAGCGGCUGCUUCGCGAACUUCCCGAUCAUCACUUCGAAACCCUCAAGUUCCUCUCAGCUCAUCUGAAAACCGUCGCAGACAACUCUGAGAAGAACAAGAUGGAGCCGAGGAACCUGGCCAUCGUGUUCGGUCCGACGCUGGUGCGCACCACCGAGGACAACAUGACCCACAUGGUGACGCACAUGCCCGACCAGUACAAGAUCGUGGAGACCCUCAUUCAGAAUUACGACUGGUUCUUCACUGAAGACGGCAAUGGCGAUCCAGUGACGGCGUCGCACGAGGAGAGCGCCGUGGAGUCGCAGCCGGUGCCCAACAUCGACCACCUGCUGACCAACAUCGGCCGCACGGGCACGCCGCAGGGCGAAGUGUCAGAUUCUCCCACCAGUGACUCGGCCAAGUCAAAGGGUUCCUGGGGCUCCGGGAAGGACCAGUGUGGCCGAGACCUCCUGGUCUCCUCCAUCUUUGCUGCAGCCAGCCGCAAAAGAAAGAAGUCCAAGGAGAAAGUGCAGCCCAGCAGUUCCGACGAUGACCUGGAUGCCGUUUUCCCCAGGAAGGAAAUCCCCGGGCAGAAGGCGGACCCGCAGCGGGACACCCGGAGCGGGGUCGAGGCCAAAGCGGGCGGCGAGCGGACGCAGAACGGCAGAUGCGCCGAGAUGACGCUCAAAGCCAAGAGGGACGCGAGGCGCCCCUCCACGGACAUCGGCCGCCAAGCCCUCCCUCGGGAAAAAGCCUCCUCGUCCGACCCGCCGUCAUCAGACCUCGGCACCCUGAGCUCCGGCGCGUCGGUCAAGCCGACGCCGUCCACCGCCGGAGCGUCCGCCGACCUCCGGGCGGGACCGGCGGGAGUCGCCGAGGUGGACGUGAGCUCCAUCACCUCGGACUACUCCACCACCUCGUCCGUCACCUUCCCGACCGGCGCCGAGUCCCUGGCGCUGACCCCCGAGCUGCAGGGCGGGGAAGAGGCGGACGACGAGCGCAGCGAGCUGGUCAGCGAGGGCCGGCCCGCGGAGACGGACAGCGAGAGCGACUUCCCGGUAUUCGCGCCGGGCGGCGGCCGGUCCACGCCGUGCCCCGAGAAGGAGAAGGGGGGCGGCAGAACCAAGAUGGAAGGGCGCCGUCUUUUCCCAACGCAGAAGAUGAUGGAAUGCGACACGAUAUCUCGCCGCCGUUCGCUCCGGCACAAGACGGACAGCGAGUCGUCAGCGGAGGUGGCGGGCGGCGAGGGCCGGGCGGAUGCCUCCACGCGACUGGCGCGUGUCCUGGAGGGAAUGAAGAAGGGGCGGUCCACCAGUAGCCUCAGCUCGUCGUCCCGCAGCGAGUCGGAGCGCUCGGAACCCGCCGCCUGGCACCUCAAGAUCACCGAGCGCCUCAAGUUCAGGCUGCGCACCUCCUCCGACGACAUGUUCGCUCCGAAGACCCGCGCCGGCGACGGCCGGCGACGGAACAACAUCCGGCGGCGGCACACCAUGGGCGGCCAGAGGGACUUCGCCGAGCUGGCCGCCAUCCACGACUGGCGGGAGCAGGGCGGCGCGGACCAGACGGCGGAGCUGUCGCUGCCGGACCGCCUGAAACCUCGGCGCGCCUCGCAGGACUUCAACAUCCGCGACUGGCUCGGCCGGGAGUGCGUCCCAGUUCGGGGCGACUCGGGAGCGGGCGGUCCGGGACGGGGUGACCCAGGCGGGGGCGGCCGAGGGUCGCCCCCGCCGGCAAACACUGAGGCGGCGCCCAAAGCCGUCCCCGAGGACACGGACGCCCAGGACGCGGCGACUGCCAACGGCAAAAGCAAAUCUCCACUCGGGGACGACGCGCACCCUCACAAACUGUCGGGGGCGCAGGUGGUGCGCUCGCGCUUCUACCAGUACCUCUGACCCCGCGCCCCACCCCAAAACCAGAAUGAAUGUGUUGUUAUCGUACGAAUGUGCUCUCUCAGCUGCACAAUAGUUUUGUUUUGUUUUGUGUUGUUUUUCUACAAGGUUUAUGUGUACAUAACGUGUACAGCUGCCAUCUUUGUUUUCUGGCAGACUUGAUGAUGCGCAUCGCUGGCCGGACUGGAAGUCAACAUCCUCUUGCACGCCCCCGUUUUGCUUUGUUUUUCUUCUGUUUUUAUGAAGGAUGUAUAACUUUCCAACUUGGACUAACACAAGUUAGUUGUUUGUUUCCAACAGUGUACAGGGUUCCUCCGCUACUUGAAAAGCAAUAAUUGGCAAGUCAUCGGCACACAACCUAGAAAGAUUUGUAACUGCAAAUCUAUGCCACAAGAUGGCAGCAAAGCAGUACUUUUCUAUUAGACGGGUGUGGUGGGCUGUCUUAAUAAGCCUUCCCUCCCUUCAACAUAGUCAAGAGGAUGUCAAAGCAAUAUUUUAAUAUCAGACAUGGCUUUGGCCUGAGCACAAAAACUCAAUAGGUGAAUUUGCAAAAGCUAAACCCCUAAUUAUCCGUGGCGGAUACGAACCGAGCCCGAAAGUCUGCGAGUCGUUGACACCCUCCGAAGUUUGUAAUAGCCUAUAGAUGCCACAAGAUGGCGACAGAGCACGACUCAUGUCGAUUUACACCAUGUUAUUUACACCAAGAUCCCACCAGAUGGCGCCAACGUAAUGUUUUGUUGUUUUGGCGUAAAACAAGCUGAAUUUCUCUUCGGCGAAUAACGGAGGAUAGUUCCCCCACCAAUCUGUGAAUGCCAAAGCGCAAUUAUGCGGGGGUGCACUGUACGUGUACAUAAACUGGACAUAAAUAUCGGGACUCACCUCUCAGUCAAUUUCUGGUCAAACUAGAGCCUCAAGUUUGGUCCCGAAAAGCGUGCUUUGAUAAGUUUGUUGUGGAAGAUCGCCAGCGAGCAAAAAGACAAACCAGACGCACUCCCAAAACAUGAAUCACAUGUUUUGUCCCUUUUGUCCACGUGGUGCUCGCGGGGAGGAAGCGAGCCGCGUGCUGUGGGAAUGUUUUGGUUGGUUGUUUUUGCAGCACGGACACAACAGCCAGCGAUUAGCUUGACGAAUAUAUCACAAUUUUAUCGAAGAGAAUUAAAUGUCAUAGAACGCUGACAUACGAGUAUGUAAUACUUGGUGUAAAGUCCUUUUUUUUUUUUCUAUUCCCAAUCUGAGUCCGGUUAGUGUCCCAAAAGGGACAAUUUUUGUCAAUGUAUGUUUUUGCACUGCAAAAAGAAAAAAAGUGCCUCUCCCCCCCCCCCCCCCUCCCCCUUUUCUAACUGUUUCUAUGAGCAGUUGUUUUAAGAAGGAAUUUGAAGGUGAGGAAAAGCGUCACCUCGCGCUCAGUCCAACACAGUUCGCUCCGUUUGUUUCUUCGUUGUCUUUCUCAACAGAGACAUGAACCAGUCGCAUCUGUCGUUUGCAAAGACGUGCGUGCAAUGUCCUCCCUCCAAGAACAACACUGGA